AUGGCGUGGAUGGGCCGGAUGGACGCGGUGAUGGUGUCUCUGAACAGGGUUAUUGCGUGUCAGAACCACUACCUGGACAUAGACGAGGCUGUUGUUGAAAAGACCGUCAGGAAACGCAACGGGUACCUCGAACACGGGUUCCGCUGCCUCCCCCUCCUCCUCUAUGGCGGGAUCUGCUACUUCUUCGACGACAGGCACAGGCACAAGCUCUUCUGGCUCCGGCUCCGGUCCAGGGGCGGUCUAGGGCUCGACAGCCGCAAAGACCUAGAGUUCGGGUACACCAACCUCGGAAGCGCAGGCGCCGCGACCUCAGGCUUGGCCUCCUCAGGCGAGGAGCCUGUCCCCUCGCCGGAACCCGGUGUCGUAGAGGAGGCUCCUGUUCUCGCUAAGCCCGAAGCCCCGCUCGGCGAAGAGGCUCCUGCCCCUGCCCCUGCCCCUACGCCGGAGGCCGUGAUGGCUGCGACGGCCGCGGCGGAGCCGGCGCCAGUUGUCGAGGCCGUCCCUGAGCCCAUUUUCGAGGUCGCCCCGGAGCCGGAGCCCAUCGUCGAGGAAAUUCCCGCCCCGCAGCCAGAACCUGUCGUCGAAGAGACCCCUGCGUCGGACCCCGCGGUCGUUGGACCUGCUCCAGAGCCUGAUCCCGGGCCUUUUGCGGUGGAGGCUGCGUCAGAAUUCGAGCCCGAGUCAUCACCGGCGUUAGAAGUCAUUCCAGAGACCGAACGCCUUGUGGAAGCGGCCACAGAGCCAGAACCUGUGCCCACCCCAAACGAGAGAUACGACGAUGUGUUGGAGAGACUGCCACACGCUCUUGCGGGAUAUGACCGUCACCUCGCGGACCCACAAAAAAGGCUUCUCCCCGGAACGCGCCAAGACGUGGUCGCAGAACUCUCCCGAUGGGCCGCCGGCCAAGAAGAAGACGUCUCCACGCGGACUAUAUGCGUUCUCACCGGUGCUCCUGGUCUAGGCAAGUCAACCAUCGCGGCGGAGUUCGCACGACGCCUCGGCCGUCGACUCGGGGCCUCGUUUUUCUUUGCACGUGGCAUCGCCGACACGUCCUCCACUCGACUCUUCUUCCGUACUAUCGCCUACCAACUGGCGCACUCGCAAGGCGACCUCCAUGACGUCUUCGCGAAAGCCGUCCGAGACCUCAUCCACGACAUGGACGACCUGCUUCCUAAGAUACAGGAGAGAUACUCUUUCGGGAUACGCUUCUCCUGGCUGAGGCGCGAGAUGACGAUCCAGUCUUCCUCCGUUCGACAAGCACCGUUCCCGCUCAAGAUUUUCUUCACUUCUAGUCCUGGUGACGUUGUCGACACGACCGUCAUCGCCAACGUCAACUUGUGGGCGGACAGGAACUUCCUGUGUGCCGAUGUGGCAGCGCGCUUCCUGGUAGAAGACACCACCGACGUCAACGGCCGUGCGGAGUACAUUCUCUCUAUCUCAGAACCAAGUGGAGCGCUCGGCCCGCUUAACGACCUCUACCUCAAGAUCCUCGAGGCCGUCUACCCGCGGGACGUCCUCCACGCGGACACGCAGACCUGCGAAGACAUGCAGGCCGUGCUCGGCGGCCUGGCGCUCCUCCACGACCCCCUCUCCCCCAACACCCUCAAAACCCUCCUCGGGCCGACGAUCAAGAACCCAGCCUCUGUCCUGCUCCGCCUCAGCGCCGUCGUCGACUACGACCCCAACGACCUCGACGCGCCCGCCCGUGCGUUGCACGCGUUCUUCACCCGCUUCCGCGUCGACGUCCACGCACAGUACGACAAGGGCCCGUACCUCGUCCGCACGCGCCGCGAGCACGCGCGCCUCGCCGCCGCCUGCCUCCGCGCGCUCCUCGCUCUCCCUCGGGGAUCGGCCCCCGUCCCUCCCCACGCGCGGUAUGCGUGCGUGCACUGGGCGGCCCACCUCACGCAGUCGGACCGGAAGGGCGAGGUGUUCGCGCUCGUCGCGAACUUCGCGCGGGACGCGCUGCUGACGUGGGUCGAGGCCGUCGCGGAGAUGAAGAGGUUGGACGUGGUCGAUGGGGCGCUGGCGAAGGCAUCGGCGUGGCAGGAGAUCGGGAAGAUUUGCCGGUUGCUGGAUGCGGUGCGGAAGUGGGUGGGCGAGCAUCGGGACGCCGUCAAAGUGCGCCCCAGUGCCGUGUACGAAUGUGGGAUCCCGUUGGACUCUGUUCUUCGUUGUUAA